AUGCGUUUCACCGCUGCUACCGUUGCCUUCUUCGCCGGCCUGGCUGCCGCUAUGCCCAACGCCGCCGACACCACUGUCUACCAGACUGAGGAGGUCACCAUCACUUCCUGCGGCCCCGAGGUUACCAACUGCCCCGCCCGCGCUACCUCCUCCGUCCCCUCCGGCGCUGCUGCCACUGAGACCCCUGCUGUGACCACCGCUGUUCCCACUACCUCCGGUGGUGCCAUGCCCGUCUCCUCCAGCUCUGCUCCCGCCUGGUCCAGCGCUCCCCCCGCUCCCGCUGUCACCUCCGCCACCAGUGUUGUCCCCGUUGGCCCUGCCAUGACCCCCUCGGUUGUUGCCCACACCUCGUGCUCCACCUGGUACGAGACUGUCACCCCCUCCGCUGGUGGUGCUGGCUCCGUUCCCUCCGGCUCCUCCCCCGUCGGCUCCGGCUCCGGCUCCGGUGCUCCCCACGCUCCCUCCUCCUCCAAGGCCUGGGCUCCCGCUGGUAGCGCCUCCGCUUCCCCCUCCGCCACCCCCGUCUUCAACGGUGCUGGUGCCGUCUCCGGCUCGCUCACCUUCGCUGGUGCCGCCGCCGCUGCCGCCUUCUUCCUGGCUUAA